GUAUUCACAAAGACGUCUACGCUUCUUCUCGGUUCUUUCUACUUUUCAUCAGAAGGGGCUUACGUACCGGCAAAAAACUGCGCUUAGUAAUGAACGCCGUGACAUAAACGAAGCUCAGGAACUAUCCAAGUCAAACACAAAAGCUCCUCAACCGAGCAAUUCACAAUGGUUUUAGAGACGAUAGCAAAAAUAAUAAAAGUCCAGCUUCCAGCCUACCUCAAGAGGCUACCGCUGCCGGAGACCAUCGGCGGAUUUGCGAGGUUAACAGUGUCUGAGUGGCUCCGGUUGCUUCCUCUUCUGGGCAUCUUGGCUUUGCUCGGUUAUCUCACCAUUCGUCCCUUUCUGCCUAAGAAGAAAAAGCAGAGGGACAGCCUGAUCAAUCUGAAGAUCCAGAAAGAGAACCCAAAAGUGGUCAAUGAGAUAGACAUUGAGGACCUGAACAGCGCAAAUGUGUGUUACUGUCGCUGCUGGCGUUCCAAAACUUUUCCUGUAUGCGACAAGUCACACUUAAAGCACAACGAGCUGACUGGAGACAACGUGGGACCGCUCAUACUUAAAAAGAAGAUACUAUAAUCGACCACUGAUCGGAUUUUUUUCUCUAAACAGUUUUUCUUGCUCUUGUCUUGGUGUUAUAUUUACUUAAAAAUAGAAACCACACUCUGUUUGAAAGCUACAUUUGGGAUACUUUAAUGAUAGUUUGCAAUAAGGGAAGUUUUUAAAAAAUAAAAAAAGAGUAACUUCGUUUUUGUGUGGGCCUUUUUGUUCAUUGUUCAUUGUUGUUUAACAGAGGAGCAGUUUUAUUUGACUGGGACCACUUUGAGGGGGAAACUUGAAACAUAACUGCAUAAUUGCAGUGACUUUAUGAUGCAUUUAUCUAAUGUGAGGCCAUCAUGCGAGAGGUUUUGCAGAUAAAUGUCUGUUUAAAUGGAGUCCUCAAAACUAGUCUGACCUUCCUUCAUUUUGGAUGAUAUUGGACAGCUUUUUUUUCCUUCUCUUUUUUCUUUAAUUCCUUUAUUUUGAUUGCUUCAGAUAUGUGUGCCAAAUACUAACAUUUCCAUACUUAAUGGAUGUGACAUAUUUUAAGUUAUUGUGUGUAUGGGAAGCUACUUAUUCUUUAAAUCUGUUCUACUCAUAGCCUUUAAAUGUUGAGUUUUACAUUUUGUAUUCUGUUCUGUUGCCUUAAUACAUUUCAAGCCACACAAGUAAUUUCAAGAUAAAUCGUGUUUCACUAAACUUUCAAGGUUUGAAAAUGUCUGUUUCCUUUGGCUUUUGUCAUAUCUGUAUGAAGUUGUCUUGGAAAAUUUUCUUCAUUAAUGACUAUCAAUAACAAAUCUGCAUUUUGUUUGUUUGUUUUUUACAGUAUAACUGUUCAUGAGCUUUGCAAGAUAAUGGUGUGAAUUUAUUCAUGCUAGAUGUAGAAAUAAAGAGAAUUUUGGCAUCUUUAAUGUUUGUUAAAUUAAUGAGAUGUGUCUGCUUGUCACCUUUGGAAAUAAAAGGUCUG